GGCGGCGGGGCCCGGGUGCGGGCCCGGCGGGCGGGGCGGGUUUAUGGCGGCGGCUCUGUCCGCCCUCGCUGCCAGGCUCUCCCAGUCGGCCGCCGCCCGCUCCUACGGCGUCUUCUGCAAGGGGCUCACCAGGACCCUCCUCAUCUUCUUCGACCUGGCCUGGAAGCUCCGCAUCAACUUCCCCUACCUCUACAUCGUCGCGUCCAUGAUGCUCAACGUGCGGCUGCAGGUCCAUAUUGAGAUCCACUGACUGGUGACUUGGUGUGCUGCUUGCACUGUAUGCUGUCUGUCACACUUCUCUUCCAAUCCAGCCUGUUGUGAAGCAGCAGAGCUGUGCUCGUGUGCUCCAGGACUAUGAAGAAAGAAGAUUUAACCCAGAACCCAGUAUGUGACGAUGGCCCAGCUCAUCCCAAGGCAGCAGCUCACCUGACGCACGUGCAUUCCGUGUUGGACAGUUCUCAAUAUCUGAGCAGCAGUUUACAAGAAUUAUUUAACACGAGGAUUUGUUCUCUCUUCAGUACUAUACCUCUGCCUUCUGUUGGCAAGGAAAUGCCUCUGAGUUUCAGUGAAUCAGCAGGGAUGAACUCCAGUGCAGCUGCUCCUUGGAAGGAUUCAUUUCAUCUGCAUUUUUCUUCUGGCAAAGACAGUCCUGAUCUGGUUUCUCACUGCAUUGAUGGUAUUUCAGUAACGGGCUGGCUGGAGAAAGCUUGUAGCCUUUCUGGAGACUUCAGCUCCUGCUGUCCAGGAGACAACUCUGUAUGUUUUGCACAAUUCUGGCUGGGACAUUUGCAGUGUAAUAAAAACCUGCGGUUUCUGGGAUUAGAAACGAGCAGCAGCAAAGAGAAUGAAGUGCAGUUUGCAUUUUUGAAAGCCUUGGAGCUUGGUGGACUUCCUGAUCCCUGUUGUAUUCCAGCUGCCUCCCUGAACGACUCGUAUGCUAUGGGACUCCUAAACAACCAAAAACCAUGGUUCUGUCUUUGUUACUUAGACCUUGUAUCUUCAGAGCAAACACUUGGAUAUCAGCAAAUGCUUUUGAAUAUACAAUAUGUGGCUAAUGAUUUUCCCAUCAUACAGCUGGUCAUUUCUGUGCUAGCUUUUGUACUAGCAGGUCUCUGGUGUGCAGUAGUCAGGGUAAAGUACUGGGAUUUUAGUAACUACUAUUUUUAAUAUUAACAGAAAUUUAACUAAAUAACAGAGAAAAGGUCACAAUUCAGGUUUUAGUGAGAAGUAGAUAGCUAAAGUGAAAAUUAUACUUGUGUAAUUGCUAGUAAAACUGGCUGUUGGAAGAAUAGGGACUUCUUUUUUGUAAGAAAUAUCUGCAUCUGUGUGGAAAGAACUUCAUAAUCUCCAGACUCUUUGGGACUUUGCAGGCCUGUUGUUAACACUAAACUAGAACCCAGUUUGAUUAGCACAGAUCCUUUGUUUUCUUUAGGGUUUGUAUUAGUGCAGUGUUUUAGCUACUACUAUUUACAGCCAUUUCCAGUGAAACUGUUUCUUGUAGAAUUGAAUUCUUGCUCUGAAUCCAACAGUGACUAAUACAUCAGUCCUUAAAACACUUUGAACUGGAAAGCUGUUGGGAGGGUGGUCUUCAAUACAGGAUAAUUCUCAGCAGUGUUCCUUUCCAAGGGUGGUACUGCUCUAAUUUAACAAUAUCUCAUGAGCUUUAUUGUGCUACAAUAGACACUAUAAACAAUUUUCUAAAAGAAUGUUUUAUUUCCUUGAGAAAGUGAUUGCACAGUAAUAAUUUCUGGGCCUGUUGACUUUGGCUUUGGGACAGGCUUCUGAUAAUGAGGUUUGGCAAAGUGUGGGGCAAGAAUGUUGGAAUCCAUAGAGCUGCUUGUGAAUAAGAAUUUGGAGGAAUAGGCUCCUGUUGGCACCCUGAUGGAGGAACUCAUUGUGCAGCAGGCCAAAGUUUGAACUCAGUGUCCAGAAUUCUCAAGAAGGGAUUGCUGCAGGUGGGCUUAGUGUGCUCUGGAGGCUCACCUACAGAGGGAGGUACUGAUAGGGUGGGAGUUAAGAUGCAUUUUCAGCUUCCCUUUCACUGAGGUAAAAGUGAGGACUUAAUGUGGAGUAAAGCCAUACCAGUGAUUCCCACACCAGGAAUCCCUUUUGCUGGCUGUCUUGCUUCAUUUGGAAAGGGACUAAGUGAUGCUGCAUUUAAUUUGAACUGAAUUUACCUGGAAAGCCAGUAGAGUUUCCCAUGGGGUGAUUACUGGGGUGUUAGCACACUUGUGUGGAGAUGAGAUGAUGCUUAUCAGUGUUACAGGGAGAAAUGUUGGAAUUUUUUAAUUUCAUUUGAGUGCUGAAAGUAAGAUAUAUUACUUUUUAUGUUAAAUGAUAUGCUGUGUUUUUAUUAUCGCCAUUGGCUGAUUGUUUCUUCUGGAUGCUAGAAGAUAUGAAAAGCCAUUUUACUUUAACUUAGAAAAUCACUUUUUUCCCUGGUGUGUAUUUUAAUGAUUGUUUAACUUCUAGACUUUUGACCUGUCAUGAAGUGACUGAAAAUCUUAAAAUAAUGUUGGAUCAUAUAUUGUAAGUAACUAUUUUGACAGCAGCAGUUCCCACUUCAUCAAGCCAUUCACUCUCAUCUCCACUGCUGCAAUUUAUCAGCCUUGCAGUGGUAUUAACAUGUUAACACGUGGUUUUGUGGUGGGAUUAACAUGAUUCCCAAAGUGAUGUGGAUCUGAAACCCCAAACCACCAGAAACAAAGACACUUCUCCAGAAAUCUGUGGCUUCUUUGAGUUAUGGUGUUAAGUUGCUGUCUACCUACAUUUUGACCAGAAAACCUCCCUUGGCAGAGCUGAGGGCAGAGGAAUGAAGGUGGGGAGGGGCUGGGCCCUGUUUAAGCUGCCUUGAUUGCUAAAGACAAUGUUGUGCAACUCCAGAUUCAUCUCUCUAACCAGCUCCAGAGGUACAUACCCUUUGCCUGGCUGGUGAGCCUUAUUAAGCUGAGCAUAAACACAGCCCUGCACCCAAACCUCGAGUGCUUGAACCUCCUGUGCAAAGGAUCAGUUGGCACAGUUGUACCUGCAGUUGUUACUUGAGACUUUGUUUGUUCAGCUGAAUGGUUUGGCCUGGAAGCUUCUCUGCUCUGUGUCAACUGGGAACUACUUUUUUUGGGAAUCAGUUAUAUGCAAGAACUUGUAGGUGAUACUGUAGGCUAACAGGCAAGAGGAGUAGCUAAAGGCAUAAAAGCAUUAAUCCAGUUUUUAAUGCAUCUAUUCUUCAUGGUGAUUUUAAAGGGGGCAAAAAUGAAAUAUGAGAGACAUGGCCAGUAAAUUAGAAUUUAAAUGUGUGUACAGCAGCUGCCAGGGGUUUUCUCUUUAUUGAUGACAAGCCUAUGCAGGAGGGGAAUUCAGAAUGUUGAACUGGGUUACACAUCACAGUCCAGCUAAUACAGUCCUAUUUUAAGCAAAGUCCUCUUUGAGUGUGUGGCCUUUAAUCAGUUAUUACAGGAUCACUUUAACUCCAAUACAGCUAAGUGAAAUGAUGGAUUUUUGUUGUGUAUUAUAUGUAUAUUGAACAUAAGAUAUAAAGAAUACGUCUUAAGUGAGUGGAUUGAAUCCAUUUUAAGAUAGUUUAUGUACCUUGCCUUGGAUUUUAUUGCUUAAAACCUAAAAGGUAACUUUAACUUGAACAUUCCUUCUGAAAUUCAAAUAAAGGAUAGUUUGGUAUGUUGAAAUCUCAUGUAAUAUACUGCACUUUAAGCCUGGGGAAGCCAUGGAGUGGAAGCACUGUUCUUGCACUAACAGAACUGUCUGCCUGGUGGUGACGAUGUUUAAAUGGCUUUUCCUGUCUGGAGGGAGAACAGGGAACCUGAGGGAUGGCAUCCAUCCUUUGAAACUAGAGAUACAUCCAACACUACGUGGUUGAGGCCACUGUUCUCUUCCUACAGAUGUUCUGAUAUUAACUCAUCUCAAGAGAUGGAAGGUGUCUGGGCUAAGAACCAGUCUGUGUGGAGCUUCAUGGCUUCAGUAAGAUGUGGAAAGCUUUUCUGAGCUAAUGUGCUGUCAGGGCUGAGACUGUCCUGGAUGAUUGUUACAGUACAGAAGAAUAACAUUCUUAGUGGGGGUAAGGGACCUUUAUACUGAACCGGGAGUUGCCUUCUUAUUUCUGUAUUUCCCUCUCAUCUUGCUCUGGAAAGAGUUAUUUCUAAGCAAAAUAUCAGGGUUCUACUAAACAACUUGUGCUCCAGGUCCUUCCUGCAUUACAUAGCAAAGAGGUCUAUUUCUGCCAUUAGAAAACAAAUUAAGUAAGAAAAUACUCAAUAUUUAGAGAACUGCCUAGUAGUCACACUUGAGUGAAAAUUUACUAUAUGGUGUACUGCUUUGAAAAGAAAAUAUACUUUUAAAUGUGUGUGCACGGAGCUCUGCAUGUAGAUAAAAAGUGUUUUACCACAGUGAGAUGCUGGAAUGCUUCUGCAAAUGCUUGUUUCCUUUCUGACAUUUCAGUGCAAACUGCAGUAGGGAUGGUGGUGUGUUCUCAGUGUGAUAUGAGCUGGUGCAGUCCUGUGUGUGCAUCACCCUGCACCAGGAGACAGUUUCAUCUGUAGACAUUUUUUAGCUGUUUGCUCUUUCAGUGUUGGGUUUGCUUUUGUUGUUUGGGGUUUUUAUUUUUUGGUUGUUUGUUUUUCUUUUUUUAUUUUUAGGACUGUAAAGACUGCACUUUCUGAAACUUCGCCAAAGUUUGCUUCCUUUCUCCUUUUCUCCUCCUGUGUCCCUUCUUACAGGUAUACACAUGUAAUUUUUGGAAGAAGCAAGCCUGUACACACUCUCCUAAUGUAUAAUCUUUCUGUCAAGUUGUUCCUUUUGUUUUUAUGGUCUAGUCUUACGUAUAUUUCCCUCCCUAUAAUUUCUCAGCCUAAGCACAUGCUGAUAUUUUGUUCCACUUCAGAAACACUGCCCUGUAAUUAAUUAUGCACAACAAAUUGACAGAAACCAUGCAGAGAUGUAAGAGCACAUAGUCUGUCAUUAAGGUGCAUGACAAGAGAUAUAUCUGGCAGAGCAACAGGUAGCCAAUAUGAUAUCAUAUUUCUGCUUUUUUCCCCUUCAAAACAGCUGGUUUAAUUAAAAUCCAAUAUUUAAUUUGAAUUUGUGGUACCUCUGUCAGCUGAGAAUUGCAGCUAGAAUUUGGGGCUUAUGAAAUAAAUAUAUUAAGAUCAGAACUUAAACUGUAACUUUUCAAAAAAUGAAGGUUACAUUCCUGUGAAUAUUUUAAAACCAUUUUUUUUUCUGAGUGCACAGAAUGUCUUCUGACACUUGUUUCUGUGAUGCAUCGUCAAUAAAUGGGGGAAAAAACCUCUCUAGACGACAGAGCCUCUAAUCCCCAAGGAAGAGCUGCAUUCAGUAGAACUUUAAAAUAAAUGAAAUGUUGCCUAGGAAAAUACUGAUAUUUAUGAUCAAUUCACAUACUUAAAUACAAGGUCAUAGAUAUCAAGCUGCUGACAGUGUGAAAACUAGACUAAUACAGAAGUGCUGGAAUAAUGCUAUCCUUUACCAGCCUGCACUCAGCAAAUCCUAUUGGUGUGUACUUUGGAAUUAAUGUCCAGUUAUCUUAGUCUUUUUGGAAUUGGUGAUACAAGAUUCAGACCAAGAUGGUUAUUUCAUUGUUAAUGAUGAAAUAAAUUUAAAAGCUAAAACAUUCUAAAAAUGACCAGAGGGACUUCCAGAAAGAAAACUUGCCUUGAAAAGAUCCCCUUUAUUUUUUAGUAUAUUUGUAGUCUGGUUUGCACAUUUCUUUUCUUCCCUCUUCAUGAAAGAUGUGUAUAAACCUGAUGGCAAAAAUGGUCAAAACUCAAACUUGGGAAGGUAUCAGUGUUUAAUUUGCUCUUUGUAGUCAGUUUUAGCUACUAUCAAGCAGAAUAGCUAGAUGUAAUGUAAGCUUUUGUUCUUAAAAGUAGGGACAUCUAAUGCUUAGUGCCUGAUUCAUAACUUGGAGUGUUCCAUGAACUUUCUUGAAAAUGGGUUCUGCUAUCUGCUGGUGACUAAUACUCAUUUUAAAUGCUGACACUUACUAGUUUCUGUAAACUGUGAUGUUAUCCCUGCAGAACAAUUUUAGUCUCUGGCCUUGCUCUUUGGCCCUUUUUAUUUUGUUUUAUCACAAGGUGGGAGGUGGAGAAGGCUGGCACAAACCAUUCUUGUUUGUUCCAGAGAAAGAUGUUUACAACUUUGUAUGUAUUUUAGAAGCUUAUCGUGACACUUUUAACUUGUGAGAGGCGUUUCCAUAGCAAACUUGAAACCUGUUGUCCUGAAGAGGUGACUACAGACUUGUGAGUACCACGGAGUGAGUGCUGUGUGAGCUGCCAGAAGCUGCUGCCGGCGCUGCUGCUCACUCAGACCACAGGAGGGAGUUACACAUCAGUCUUUUCAGUCUUUUCAGUUACAGCGUUGGUUUUUCUUAGCACAGCACAUUUCAGUUUGACUUGUCUUAUGGAUUGUCACUGCAAAUAGGUUCAUGUACAAAAUCAAUACCCAGUGGUCAUGUAUUGUAACUGUUUACAGCUGAACUCUCUGUACCAAUGGAUGGGUUUUGUCAAGCUAUUUAAAAACAGAAAUAAAGAUCUUUUUUUAAAAUGA